GUCACAACUCAGUGAAAAGGUGUUUUGGUGUUCCGGCAAGGAGCAACUUAGCGAACGCACGGACGAAUUAGCGUCGAGAGAUUUCGCCAAGCCCACUGUCUGUCUGGCGUCUACGGUUGAAAUCCACGUCCCUCGUCUUGACUCUCGAAAGCUGUCCAGCGUCCACGCAUCCUCGCGCCAUACCAUCAACAGAACCCGUUGCCGACAACCUUUCAAACCGAAAACUCUCCACAAACCGACAAAAUGGUUCUCGCUGUUGACCUUCUCAACCCCUCCCCCGCCGCUGAGGCCCGCAAGCACAAGCUCAAGACUCUUGUCCCCGCCCCCCGCUCGUUCUUCAUGGACGUUAAGUGCCCGGGAUGCUUCACCAUCACCACCGUCUUCUCGCACGCCAACACAGUCGUCGUCUGCCAGGGCUGCUCGCAGGUCCUGUGCCAGCCUACUGGUGGUAAGGCACGUCUCACUGAGGGCUGCUCUUUCCGCAGGAAGUAAACGAUUCUCUCGGAACGAUGACGGUGGGAUUUGACGGGUUACGAUGACGACUAUCAUGGAAUAAGGGUGUAGAUCUCAUUGGUACCGAUCGAUCCGACUGCGGGAUAGAAGAGGGAUCUUUCGACUCGAGUCAAUGCAAAAGUCAAAACGGGAGUUCCGGAUAUUCAGCGUUGAUCACAGGGCAACCCUUUCUCCUUCGAUCUAGUCCCUUCUGUUUGGCAUCUCUUUCACAGCUUUUCUGUACAUGCAUGUGGAAGGGGAGAUGGCAUAUCUGAGCUCUGGACACGUUUUCUGAGGGCGAGGACCGGUUUGCAAUCGAGGAUACCUCCGCAGCACGCGGUCCUUUGUAAAUCGAAAGUCAAUUCUCAAAUUCGCUCCUUGCACGAAGUGACAUCACGCCAUGCGUUCGAUGGCUUGAUCUAUGUUUCUCCCUUUUUUCUUCCUACAUCUCCCCCAUAAUCAUUUAAUCCUGCCCCACACUACGC